CGAGACGGCGUUUUAAACGAACCCCACACGGCUCCUCGCUGCCGACACCUGUCCCGCGCGCCCUCCUCGCCUCGCCUCGCCGCCGCGGCCCGCGUCGUCCGCGCCAACGGCAGAGCUCCACAUCCUCCAGGUCCCCCUCGUCUCUGAUCCCUACUGCUCGUUGCCGGCUGGGCUGUUUCGAAGCAGGAGUGGUCGUUGCGCCCCGUCCCGAGUUUUAAUCCGGCCGUUGCUGGUCGUCGCGGAUCUUGGGGGGGGUUUUGGUUUGGUUGGAGGCUUGGAGUUUGGAGAUGGAUUUUCCGGGAGGGAGUGGGAGGCCGCAGCAGCAGCAGCUGCCGCCGAUGACGCCGCUGCCGCUGGCGAGGCAGGGGUCGGUGUACUCGCUCACGUUUGACGAGUUCCAGAGCACGCUGGGCGGGGUGGGGAAGGACUUCGGGUCGAUGAACAUGGACGAGCUCCUCCGCAGCAUCUGGACGGCCGAGGAGUCGCACGCCGUCGGCGCCGCGGCCGCCACGACGACGACGACGUCGGCGUCCGCGGCGCCAGCGGAGCACGCGGCGGGGACGACGCCCGUUCAGAGGCAGGGCUCGCUGACCCUCCCCCGCACGCUCAGCCAGAAGACCGUCGAUGCGGUCUGGCGCGACAUGAUGUGCUUUGGAGCAGGGGGCACCACCGCUGCGCCGGCCGCCGCGGAGCCCCCGCCGGCCCAGCGGCAGCAGACGCUCGGCGAGGUCACGCUGGAGGAGUUCCUCGUGCGCGCCGGCGUGGUGAGGGAGGACAUGUCGGGGCCGCCCGUCCCGCCGGCGCCGGCGCCUGCGGCAGCACCGGCCCCGCCUCCGCAGCCGCCACCGAUGUUGUUCGGCCAGAGCAAUGUGUUUGCUCCGAUCGUGCCUCCUCUCUCCUUGGGAAAUGGGUUGGUCACUGGAGCUGUCGGCGGACAGGGUGGAGGUGGCGUCGCUCCGUUGGUUUCGCCGGUGAGGCCCGUUAGCUCCAAUGGUUUCGGCAAGAUGGAAGGCGGGGACCUGUCAUCGCUGUCGCCAUCUCCGGUGCCGUACAUUUUCAAUGGUGGACUGAGGGGGAGGAAGGCGCCGGGCAUCGAGAAGGUUGUCGAGAGAAGGCAGCGGCGGAUGAUCAAGAACAGGGAGUCUGCCGCGAGGUCGCGCCAGAGGAAACAGGCUUAUAUGAUGGAGUUGGAAGCUGAGGUGGCUAAACUUAAAGAGCUCAAUGAGGAGCUCCAGAAAAAACAGGAUGAAAUCUUGGAGCAGCAAAAGAAUGAGGUUCUAGAGAGAAUGAGCCGACAAGUUGGACCGAUGGCAAAGAGAAUUUGCCUGCGGAGGACACUGACGGGUCCAUGGUGAAGCUGAAGACCUUAGUUACCUGUAACUAGAACACAAUCCUUUCAAAGUGAGCAGUGAUUAUAGUAGUAGGAUGGUGAAGCUGAAGACCUUGGUUACCUGUAACUAGAACACAGUCCUUUCAAAGUGAACAGUGAUUAUAGUGGUAGGAUGGUGAUUGCUGAAGCUGAAGACCUUGGUUACCUGCAACUAGAACACAGUCCUUUCAAAGUGAGCAGCGAUUAUAGUAGUAGUAGGUUAGUUCAGAACCGCCAGAUCUGCCCGUAUAGACCAACCAUUAGCCCGUGUGCUUGUCUCUUAGGACAGACAGGCUGCCCUUGAUAUUUACUCGACAGUUUUUUAGUUUUGAGUUAUGCCCAAGAGAGUAGAGCAUUGUAUGUAAUAUAUUUAACCAUGGUGCCUGCUACCCUGUAUUGUAUUUUGCUGCUGUAGAAUCCUAUCUUGCCAUGUACUUUUCUUGCCGUUUUGGACAAAGAUGUAUCUGAAUUUAUAUUGACCAUGGCAAUGUGCUGUGUGUGGUGACAUUGUCGUUGUGAUCAGUUUGUGUGAAACGCAACUACUAGUCCGUACUUA